CAUAAGGGGCAUGUUGAAUUUAUAUGAAGCUUCCCACUUCAGAUUGCACGGAGAAGAUAUUCUUGAGGAGGCCCUUGAAUUUACAAGGGCAAAUCUUAAGUUUUUGGCUGACAAAUCGAGACCUCAUCUAGCAAAACAUAUAUUAAAUGCCCUUGAGUUGCCCUUUCACCAUGGUUCUCCAAGAAUGGAGGCUCGCAAAUUCAUCUCUUUCUACGAAGAAGAUCUCGAAUUUAGAAACGAAACUCUUCUCCUGUUUGCCAAGUUAGAUUUCAAUAGGGUAAAAUUACUACACCAACAGGAGAUACGACAUCUUAUGAGUUGGUGGAAUAGUCUUGACAUGGCGUCGAAAUAUCCUUACUCAAGAGAUAGAGUUGUUGAGCUCUAAACAUGGUCUGUUUCAACUUUUUAUGAGCCUUGUUACUCACGAGCCAGAAUAAUAUAUUCCAAAUGUACGCUUC